UUAAUGGGCAGGGCUUUAUAGAAGCAACAAUGCUUCGUGCUUUAUUGAGAACCAGAGGAGCUGUCAAACUGGUCAGACGGGUUUCUGUUGCAGGGGAUCAUGCAAUACAGAGGUCUUUGAUCUUCAGCUCUAGAUCAAUCUCCUCUGUAGGUGAUAUAUGGCAGAAAAGGAGAAUUCAUUCAUCAAGAAAUUAUAAUGGGAAGAUUGUGACUUUUAAUCUACCUGACGUAGGAGAGGCAAUAAUGACUGUUGUAGUAAAGGAAUGGUUAGUUAAACCGAACGACACUGUUGCGAUGGGUGAUCCGAUUUGUGAAGUUCAAAGUGACAAAUCAGCUGCUACUAUUUAUUGUCCUCAUGAUGGUGUCAUUAAGGAACUAAUGUAUGAAGUUGAUGACAUUGCUAAGAAAGAUGAGCCAUUAGUCACCAUUGAAAUAUCAGGAGAAGAAGAAGAGCAAAGUAGCAGCAGUAGCAUUCAAGAAUCAGCAGUUCCCACGUCAAAGAAGGAGGUAGAAUCAUUGUCAUCGCCUCCGGCUAAAAGUGGGAGUGGCAAAGUAUUAGCCACACCCACUGUGAGGAGGAUAGCGGCUGAGAAUAACAUUGACCUUUUUCUAAUUAAAGGGACGGGAGACGGUGGCCGCAUCUUAAAGGAAGAUAUUUUGAAAUAUAUCGAUUCAAAAACAGCUGCCCCUGCUGUCAAGAGUUCUGUUAGUCUUCCAGCCCCUCCCCCAGCCAUGCCCCUUGAUAGGGUAGAGCCAAUUAAAGGAUUUAAAAUGAUAAUGGUACAAACAAUGACAGCAUCCGGACAGAUACCUCAAUUUGGUUAUUGCGAUGAAGUGCUAAUGGACGAAGUGAUGCAACUCAGAAAUGAAAUCAAAGAUCUUGUCAAGGAUAAAGAUAUCAAGAUUACGUUUAUGCCGUUUCUGAUUAAAGCCUUGUCGAUGGCGCUGAAGGAUUAUCCAAUAUUAAAUGCUCAUGUUGAUCCAGAGUGUCGUAGCAUCACAUAUAGAGCUGAUCAUAAUAUUGGUAUGGCUGUAGACACACCCCAAGGACUAGUGGUACCAAAUGUAAAGUGUGUACAGAACCGAUCCCUCAUUGAUAUUGCCGUUGAGUUACAUCGGCUCCAAGAACUGAGUAUCAAAGGUUCUCUAGCACCUGCAGACAUCAUGGGAGGAACCUUCUCCGUCUCAAACAUCGGAGCUGUGGGCGGUACUUAUGCCCGCCCACUCAUCCUACCGCCUGAAGUUUGCAUAGGAGCUUUUGGUAAAAUACAAGCAGUUCCUAAAUUUAACGAUAAAGGAGACGUUGUUAAAAGUCACGUGAUGUAUGUUAGCUGGUCGGCCGACCACAGGGUCAUUGAGGGGGCGGAGGUGGCGAAUUUUUCAAAUUUGUGGCGGAAAUAUCUUGAAAACCCAACGAGCCUGUUGGCUCACAUGGUGUAAAAAAGAACUAGAUGAUUGUUUCAUUAUUAUUAUUAUUAUUAAUUUAUUAUUAUUAUUAUUUGCCAUUUUUUCA